AUGCACUUGCAUCACUUACUCUUGUUUGUGACUAUCAUUCAAACUGUGUGGACAAUAGAUGUGAAUCCGUUACCGCAGCCACAUAGAGUGAAAUGGAUAGAAGAUGGUUUGAUUGGCAUUGAAGUUGAGCGGCUACAAUUGAAUGUUGCUAAUCCUGUGCUUGAUAAAGCACUUCAAAAAAUGGUGAGAAACAUUGAAAGGGCCGAGUGGUCACCAUACGAGUAUAAAUCAAGUGAAAGACUAAUUGAAACUUUUUCGAAAAUGGAGUCGUCUAUCAUUCAUGUAGAGAUACUUGAUUACAAGGCUGAAUUACAACUUGGUGUUGAUGAAUCGUACAACUUGAUUGUCUCCGAAGCUGGUGUAACGAUCAAGAGUGGAACAAUUUGGGGAGCAUUGCAUGCAUUCACAACACUUCAGCAGUUGAUAAUCUACAAGCACGGCCGGUUCAUGUUAGAAGGGUCGGUGCUGAUACGAGAUUAUCCACGAUUUCCACACAGAGGGAUAAUGAUUGACUCUGCACGAAAUUUCCUCCCAGUGGAAUCGAUCCUUCGGCAAAUUGAUAUUAUGUCAACCGUCAAGAUGAAUACUUUGCAUUGGCAUUUGGUUGAUACGCAAAGCUGGCCAUUGAUUUUAGAGUGUCACCCAGAAAUGCUGCUUGACGCAUAUUCCGCGCAAGAGACGUACACGAUCAAAGACUUGAAACUAGUUCUAACAUAUGCUAGGGAGAGAGGUGUUAGAGUCGUACCCGAGCUCGAUAUACCUGGCCAUGCUAGAGCGGGUUGGAGACAAGUUGAUCCCGCACUUGUCAUGUGUGGAUGCAAUUUUUGGAAUGGGUAUGCUGUGGAACCGCCUCCAGGUCAGCUUGAUAUUUUGAACAACAAAACUUACCUGGUGAUCCAAGAUGUGUACAAUGAAUUAAGUGAGAUUUUUACUGAAGAAUAUUUUCAUGUUGGAAAUGAUGAAUUACAAGAAAAAUGUUAUCCACAAGAGUGGUUCAACAAUCAAACGUUGAGCGAUAUCACGAGCAGGUAUCUCCGUUUGGCAUUGCCCAUUCUCAACGGUGUCCAGGGAAGAAAAUUGAUUAUGUGGGAUGAUGUCUUAACGUCUGAGGGCGCUGUUGCAGAGCUUCCCAAAAAUAUCACAGUGCAGGUGUGGCACGAAGCUUCUCAUAUAAAAAGCAUAACCAAUAAGGGGUAUGACGUUAUAGUGUCUCUGGCAGACCAUUUGUACCUCGACUGCGGAUAUGGCGGGUUUCUAACAAAUGACUUUCGAUACUCAGACUUUCCUGAGAAUGAGCACUUCAAUGAAGGCAAAGGUGGUAGCUGGUGCAGCCCGUACAAAACGUGGCAACGAAUUUACUCGUUUGAUUUUUUGCGAAACUUAACAAAGGUUGAAAGAGGUAGGGUAAUAGGAGCUGAGGCAGUACUUUGGUCAGAGCAAGUGGACCUGACAGUUUUAACAACUAAAUUAUGGCCGAGAUCAGCUGCAUUGGCAGAGUCCCUAUGGAGUGGAAACAGAGACGAAAACGGUUUGAAGUUGUACGACUUUAGCACGAGGAUACUUCUAUUUCGAGAGCUUUUAGUGAAGUUGGGGUAUCAUGUGUCCCCGUUGUCACCUAAAUAUUGUUUGUUAAACCCACAUGCUUGUGAUGUGAUGCAAAAGUCGAUAGAGACGUAA